AUGGGCACUCCAGGCAGUUCGCCGACCAAGGCGUUGGGCAAGCGCUCCUUGCACGUCCGCAAUGACUCGACCUCGCGUCGCCAUAGCAUUCAAGCACUUCUGCCAGCAAGUGCGACGGAGCUCUGUUCAGCAUCGGGCGUCAACACGGCCGUCAAGGAGGAGGCUCAAGAUGGAGCCGUUCACUCUUCGAACGCAGACGUGUUCGAAUUCUCAACCCUGGGCGGCGGCACGGGCGCAGACUUUCUGCUGUCCCCACCUCGUCUCACCAGCGGCAACCAGAGCCAAGAAAGCGAAGAUUCCAAGCGACGUCGGACGACACCUCUGCCUCACCAGACACCGCAACGGAGUGCUUCGUACUCGCUUGGCCAACACGGAGCCGUGCAACAGACUCCGCCAAACUCUUGGACCACGAUGCAAAGCAACGCUGCUCGCGUAGCGAGCUCAGCGGCAUCGAGCUGCCUGACUCAGACGCCUGUGUCAAGCAGCGGCAGUGCCAGUAGCCGACAACGCCGCCGAUCGAUCGCUGGGGAUAUGACGAGCGAGAUCGCCGGCAUGCCAAAGCCUCCUCGUUCAGCACCGCCCAUCUCGCCGGAAAACGCAAUGCAACAGGCACAAGAGCAAGCCAUGAACGCGAACAAGGUCACUGAGCUCAAGAUCAACAAGCAAGCCGAAGUAUGGCCCGAUGAUGUCGAGGUCGCUUUCUGGGAGGCUCUUCGACUCAUUCCGAAGCUUGGUCGACGCAAAGUCCUGGUCCACGGCAAACCUUGCGGGCGCAAUGAGCUCAUUGCUGACUACAUUGAGCGCAAGACGAACAAGAGUCGCUCGCGCAAGCAGGUGUCAAGCCACAUUCAGGUCCUCAAGAACAUCAAAAAGGGUGAUCCCGAGUUCCAGCAGCUCAUCGCUGAACCAGUCACCGAGGAAGACUUCUACAUCCCAGCCGGCGGAAUGAUGUACGCCCAGACUCUUGCCAGCUACGGCUACGGCGGACUUGGUGGGCCCAAUCCAAUGUUUGGAGACGCAACCUCUGGUCUGCUCUCGCCAUACACUCCAAGCGCUGCCCUGUCCAACAUGAGCUUGGCCAGUCCGCACACUCCCUCGCCUGCCCUCUCCUCGCCCGGCACGCCGGGCGGCUUGACCACGGCUCUCAAUGGUCUGCAGUUCUCAAGCCCACAGGACCCCAAGGCAGCGGCGUCGGUGUCCUGCCCCAUCCUACCCGCAAGCUUCUCCAUGUGGGUUCACUGCUCUGCUAGCGAGGACAAGCACGUCUACACUUCAUUGGAUCGGCAGGCGAUGAUGUCGAUCUCUCAACACAAUGCGCAGCUACCUCGACUGCCCUUGGACUCUGUGCGCAUUGGCGCUUACCGUUUCCCUCGCUUGGCGGAGAUGUACCAUCGCCUGCCCUGCCAAUUCUUGUAUGUGCACGUGCCAAUGUCCAUUCCUCGUGCGGACGUCUUGCUCCCUCGCUACGACCACUUCAGUACUCAGCUCAGUCUAACGAGCCUUCAAAGCUCUCGACUCACUAGUGUUACUACGGUCUAUUCCCACGGCAAACGGGUACUCUCGCUGGUCGAGCCUUUAGAUGCCCCACGCCGCGUAUCAGGCAAGCCUUCGGUUAGCGGCAACGGUACUGCGGACAGUGGACACGCCGAUUCCCAGAACACCGAUAGCAGCGUCGACUCGUCCCCGGUCACACCCUCCGACGGAGUUUCUCUCAACGCUUCUGAGAAUCGCCAUCGUUUUUGGCAUCAAGCACCUUUCGCGACAGACUUCUGGGCAGACUUCCUGAGUCGCAAUCACCCCGUAAAUGUCUACUCCCAGCGUGAUGCCAAUCAGUCUUUCGGCAAAGAGCCCAGCGAAAGAGCAGCUCUGGGCAUGGCAGUUUCUGGUGUCACCAUCAUUCAAGAAUUCGUCAUUGCGACGGACGACAAUGCUCAUCGCCAAGCUGGUGCCACUACUGAUUUCAGCAGCGAGAACUCCUUUGUUUCCACUACGGAUGCUUCGAUGGCUGCCAGCAUUGGGGGUCCAAGCUGCAAUCUGAUUGCCGACGUCUCUGGCUACGUCAGCCCUGGAUCAAAGGUGGGCGAUGUUGUCCUUGUCAUUGCCUGGGAUCUAGAAUGCGUCGAAGCACUCGGCGGCAAGCCAGGAACACCCACCGUUUCCAUGCUCACGGCACCUAGGAUGUCGCCGUCGCCAAUAGGUCACUACGCUCCGCUGCCUGCUAUGUCCCCGCAUCAUCAGUCAAUCAACAUGCAGCAUAUGCCAGCGCAGCACAGACCCACCGCCAUGGUGCACACGAACAGUGGUCCAGUCCCCACACUCAUCCGCACCCAGGCAUCACCGCAGCCUCCUCAAGGUGCUCAGAGCUUUGGAUCGAUGCCACCGCCAUCCAUGCCCAUGAUGAGGUCUCUCAGCGGCGAGAAUUUCCACCAACAGCAGCAGCAGCAGCAGCAGCAGCAGCAGCUAGGGCCAACGCUGCUGCGCAAGAGAGGUCUUUCCAUCAAUAAGCCUAACCUGCAGCUGAAUAUUCCUCCUGCUCCUUACCUCGGAGGCAACAUGGGUGCUGCCAUGCAACGCUCCUUUUCGUCGUCGUCCAGUCAGCCAAGUCCCGCCCUAAGCACUCACAACUCCAGCGCUUGGGGCGCGAUGCAGCAGAGGGCGAUGCUGACACCCAUCACGCCGUUCCCACAAGUGGUGUCCACGCCUACUGAGCCUCCUCCGAUGCUCAAUCACGAUGAGACGAAAGCACAGCGCGAUCGCCUUGCCAGGGCAUGGGCUGCACAAGCCCACGCAUCUGCGAAUGGCGGCAAUGGCAUCAACUUGCCCCAGAUGCCCAAUUUCAACACGCCGCAGCACUUUGGUGACGCCCAGCUCAGCCAAUCCCAGCAUUCUUUGGCUUCCAAUGCACUCGAUAUGUCUGGUCUUCCUGACUUUACGUCGAACAGCGCAAUUGGGCUGUCAUUUGGUGAAAUGCACAACGGCAUGCUUCCCGCCCCAGUCGAGAUCAACAACAACGCCAUAUCGGGCAUGGCCUCUCCCGCUUUCGACGUGAUGAUUUCCCAGACGCCAGCAGCUGGCAGCAGCCCCUUGCCACCUGCUUCUGAUGGUGACGCGCUCGCUACGUCUUACUACAUCAACUCUUUACUGUCCUCUAUGGGCAUGGCACCCCUUCCCCAAGACUCUUCCGAGGGCGGGUCUCUCGAUGUGAACCGUGGCAGCUAG